AUGAAAGUUCAAGAACGGGCAGUACCAGCAGCCUUUGGCCCUGUGGUGUUCAAACUCAGGACAGAAGUUACCUCUGGGAGUGGAUCCCCACAGGGCCUGCGGCUGGGGGUGGCCAUGGAGCCCUGCCCUGAGGAGCAGUUCUGGGACCCGCUGCUGAACGCCUGCGUCUCCUGCAAAACCAUCUGCAGCAAUCAGAGUCCACGCACCUGUGCAGCCUUCUGCAAGUCACUCAGCUGCCGCAAAGAGCAAGGCAGGUACUAUGACCAGCUCCUGGGGGACUGUAUCAGCUGUGCCUCCAUCUGUGGACGUCACCCCAAGCAAUGCACACACUUCUGUGAGAACAAGUUCAGGAGUCAAGUGAACCUCCCACCAGAGGUCAGGAGACAGCGGACCGGAGAGGCCUUGACCCGGGCAGACAACCUAGGGAGGUACCAAGGAUCAGAGCACAGAGGCUCGGAUGUGGGUCCAGCUCCCCCAGGGCUAAAGCUGAGCGCCGACCAGCUGGCCCUGGUCUACAGCACGCUGGGGCUCUGCCUCUGCGCCAUCGUCUGCUGCUUCCUGCUGGCCGUGGCCUGCUUCCUCAAGAGGAGGGGGGACCAGGUCUCCUGCCAGCCCCCCCCCGGGCCAUGUCGGAUGCAGGCCAAGUCCUCCAAGGCAGAUCACUGGAUGGAAGCGGGCAGCGCUGCAGGGGCAAUGCCCGAGCCGACGGAGACGUGCAGCUUCUGCUUCGCGGAGUGCAGGGCGCCCGAGCGUGCUGGGAGGUGGGCGCGCCACGGCCAGAGCGCAGCCCGACAGCCCUGCGUGCGCGCCCCGAACGGCGGCCUCUGCGGCAUUGAGGUCGUGUGCACGCCCGCCCAAGAAGGAGGCCUGGCCACGUGA